AUGCCCUGCAGGCCUGUGAGAGUGCUCCACAGUGUUCAAAAUCACACAUCCCUGCAGAUCGCGGGACACAGCCCUGGGCUGCAUUGCCGCAGUGGGGGCACAGGUUUGAAGAGCCUGCUGGAAGGGAAGGAAAUUGAGGCUCAGAUGCUGAGAGAGGAGCUGAGUUCAUUGUGCAGGCGGGGGCAGAGUCGGCCCUGGACUGUCAGAGGCUGCAGCGACGAGCAGAAGGGAGGAAGACUUCCAGGAGGGGAAGGGCCUGUAAAUGACUUAACGGGGCUCUGGCGUCUUCACAUCUUGGGCAAAACCCUCACCUCCAGUUUCCCUGGUCACCAGCUCAGGUCCCAGGUCAUCUCUAGCUCCCCGCAGCUCCCUGGGGGAAGAUGUGGGAACCUAAGGGACACCAGCUUCCUCCUCCCACUUGUCCAGCAGCACACGGGUAAUCCUGAUUCAGCCAAAAGUUUUAAUUCCUCUUUCACUGCCCUGAAAACAAUUAUCUGCUCCCAAGUGCAACACUGGGCACAAACACAGAUGUGCGGGUACAACUGUGAGCAGGACUUUGACAAGAAAGACAACAACAUUCACAAUGGAAGACAAUGCUGUUAA